AUGACGGCGCAUUGGCGCAUCACCCACCAUGCCGGCAAUCCUGAUGCAGAGUCGACAACGUCGACUGAAACUGCCACGACGAUAGACGCAUCUAGCUUGAACGUGCCCGGCGCAGGGGCCGCCGAAGCGCAUCUCGUCCCACAGGCCCAUUCACAGCAACUCGAAUUGCACACUCAUCCUCCUCCGGCUUUCCAAGAGCUCCAGCAGGCGCCACCAUAUCACGAUGAAGGAUUCGAGGACUUUCGUGACUUCGUAAACUUCAUCGACGGUGUUGGUCUAUCAGCCCAAUGGACGCCGGAGUACGACUUUGACUGGAUGCGACUCGGCGAGCAUCAUCAAGAAUCCCGGCGCCAUUCUCGGGAGCCAGAGACCAGAUCAUCUCCUGGUCCUGAAGACAUUGGAACACCUUUCAGCACCUGGCUACCAUCAGCGCCAGCCGAUGAUCAAGUCAAUUUGAGAUCAAACGGGGAAGAUGGUGAGAAGAGAACAAGGAGUGGAACAUAUAACGUCACGGAUGAACAUCGCAACUUCUUGGUUUCGCUGCUUGAGAGCUUUCCUUCACCCAUCAGCGAUUUCCAGAUACCCUCUCGACAUACACUUACUAGGUAUAUCACCGCGUUCUUUGGCGGAUUCCACUCGCACUUCCCAUUUAUCCAUUCGCCAACAUACAAACCGUCAUGUUCGCCUUUGGAAUUGACCUUGGCUAUGUGUGCUGCUGGAGCACAGUAUUGCUUCGAGCGACGAAGCUCAGAACGUCUCUUUCGUGUAUCAAAAGCCAUCGUGUUUCAACGCCUUCGGCAGGAAGAGUCACACUUUGGACCACAGACUCUUGCUUUUAUCGCUUCUACCAAUAUAGUUUCACCAGAAGCGCAUUUCACCACUAGACGUACAGGACCAUGGUCGCCUCUGGAUCUGGCGAAGACCUUAUUGAUCCUGGUGGGCUUUGCGACGUGGGAAAGGAAAGACCUACUACAGCAAGCAUUCGCACUCAGAGGCCUUUUGGUACAAACGCUUCGAGAUAUCGGCCUCAGAGAGGAGGAACCGAGCAGAAACGUUUCAACUUCCAGAGCAGCAAUGUGGGACCAAUGGGUACAGCACGAGUCGUCCAGGCGUACCAAGCUCGUAGCAUUCUGUUAUAUCAAUGUGCAUAGCAUCGCAUACAACAUUCACCCCUUGCUUUGGAGCAGCGAGCUUCAUCUGCGAUUGCCUUGCUGCACCCCUGUGUGGCAAGCCAGUAGCGCUGCACAAUGGUCCGCGCUACAGCGGGAUGGGCGAGAAGACCAUAUGCCCUUCCAACAAGCAUUGUCGAUACUUCUGCAAGGCACCGCAAACCAAGAACUCGUACAUCCGAUACCAAGUCCAAUCGGAAACUACAUCCUUCUUCAUGCGUUGCUUCAGCGGAUUCACGUAGUACGAGAACUUUCUUUUCCCGCCACCUCACCUGCCACAAUAUCAGCUACAGAGCUGCAUGUAAUCAGUCGUGCUCUCCGGGCGUGGACAUCGCUUUGGCAGCAAACUCCGGAAUCUAUGCUUGAUCCUAACAACGAGAGUGGGCCCAUCCCAUUCACAUCAAGCGCACUAUUGGUGGUGGCUUACGUGCGCCUAUCACUAGAUAUCGGACCUUACCGUCACCUAGAGUCGCGCAGUGCUGAGGUCAUAGCUGACGGUCUAGCAAACGUUCCAGAUAUUGAGCGCAAUGAUAACCUACUAUCGGCUCUAUUGUACUCGACACAUGCGCUCAGUAUACCUGUCAGAUUGGGAAUUGACAGAGUUGCGCGAAGCCAAGCGUUCUUUUGGAGCGUUCAGCAUGCCAUAUCCAGCUUCGAGUGUGCUAUAUUUCUUGGUAAAUGGUUAUGCUCCAUCCCGAGGCCAUUCCGAGAGGAUUUGCUGUCGCGGUCAGAGCAUCGCAUUCUUCACUGGGUCCGGUGCAUCAUCAAAGAAGCGUAUGCGGUGAUCGACUUCGACGAGGUUGAAGAGAGCGACAGCAUCCUAACUGUACCCAGUGAGCCCUACACGCUUGGUCUUGCUGUCCUGAAUAUCUGGUCACGAUUCUUCCGUGGUAAUACACAAUGGCAGUUUGUUGUUAACUUAGGAUUGAGCUUAGAGAAAUAUAUUGCAAAGCUUGUUUAG